UAUUCGUACUUCUCAAUCUCUUCAAUCAAUAUUCAACUAAGCUUAUUUUCAUAGGUUUCUUUCAGGUAUGUUUUAUCUACUUUACAAAUAUAUAUGUAUUUUUUCACAUUAAUAGUUAUACUAAUUAUAGGCACUGACAAUAUUAAAUUGAACCUAAAUGGUUGAAUUUAAAAUAACUCUUAAAAUAGUUGUUCUUCCUGUUCCUAAUGUUGGAUUUUAUGGGUUUCAUAUAUAAGAUUUUUGUUUUUCUCCAUUAAAGAGAAGAUGGCUACUAUAUUUUGAUAUAAUAUUAAAUGUAUGCAAUCCUUUUAUUUGAAAUUAAUGAUAUGAAUAUGGUUAUUUUAGUUAACUUAUUAUUUUUGUACGUAUAAUGUAGGGCUCAAAAUAAUGAAACCGAUCAAGAGAAAAAACAAUGACUCAUCAAAAAUAAGUAUAGCUUCAACAAAGCAAAUACAGAAAAAUAGCAAAAGUGACCUAAAAUUGAUAGUGAAUGAUAAUGGUCUUCCAAUUAAUUCAAUAAAGAAUAUUAAUUGGCUUCCCAAUGAUUUAAUUGUGGAUAUAUUAGCUGAUGUUGCUGCUACAUCAAUUUCUGAUUUCUUCAAUGCUAAAUUAAGUUGGAAAUUAUUCAAUAAACUAGCCAAAGAUAAUGAUGAAUAUAUUCACAAUAAAUUAUCACUUGAUGAGCUUUCUUGUCAUCCAUGGAAUCUAUACCUAUGCAAGGAAGCAAUUGCCCUCUUCAUGAAAUGCCUACACAGUCAAAAUUUAGAAGCUAUGUAUAGACAAGGAGUGAUUGAUUACUUAAACUUCCACCAGAAAAAAGAAUCAGGUUUAGAAUUGUUGAAAAAGGCAGCCAAUGCUGGUCACCUUGGAGCUUCUUAUUUCAUGGGUAUUAUCUAUAUUUGCAAAGAAGAUCAUCAUAAAAGUGAUGAUGAAUCAGAACAAAGUUGUACUAAGCUUGGGUUACAAUUAUUGGGCAAUAUUAAAACAAGUGCCCAAAUGCUAGAAUGUCGAAAAAAAUUGAAGGAGAUAGCUAAUUCACUAUGGCUUACACAAAAUCAUGACUUUCUCGUACCAAAGUUGUUUGAGUGUCAAUUUCCAGAACGAAAGAGAAGGUUGUGGCCUUGUUUGGAUGAUGAUUUAUUGCUAUGUUGUCACACAUGUCGACUCAAUAAUGAAAUUACUUUUGUUUGUAAUUUAAUGGCUGGUUGUUCUAUAUUUUCAUAUCAAACUUGUUAUCAGUAAUGAUUUUUGUAUUUUAUUUAUUUGAGGGCAUUUAAUGUGAACAAACUCACACCUAUUAUUCUCUUGUUGCCUUAUUAGUUUUCUUAGCUAGUUAGUGUAGUGAUAUAUAUUAGAAAAGUUUAAAAUCUAAAUUAAGAAAAAGUUGAUAUUUUUGUUGGCAUUCUUGGCAAUCAUAAAGAAAAGUGGUCUAAAUUCAAGAUAGAGUCUAAGUUGUUUUUGUUGAAGAUGAUGGGUAGGGACAUUCUCUCCUUUGGGAGAGUAGACAUGGAAUGGAAUGAUAUUUGAUAAUGGAGAAAAAUACUCUAUUUGUGACUUAGGUUAAACUUUGGUAUUUUGGUGCUUUAAGGGCGACAUUUGUUGCCUCUAAUAGUACUAAAGAAUCAUUCUUAGCUGACGCAAGUUGCCUCUAAAAGAAUUUUUAGGGUUGACAAUAAUUAUAGUGCCUAAUAGUUAAUCAUUAGAGGUGAUAAAAGUCACUCUUAAUAUUAAUAUUCAGAUUUGACUUUUAAUUUUUAAUAAUUUUAAUAUUAAAAAUAUUGAAAAUAUCAAAUUUAAUUUUUAUUUUUACAAUAAUCAUAAAACUAAAAUCACAACAUAUGACACACUAAUCAUUUUGUUUUGGUAUUAUAUAUGCAACUGAUUGUUUGUAUGACUAUAAAAUAUAAAUUUUAGUAGGAGUAGACAUGAUUUAUCCAAUUUAAUUAUAAAAAAUUUGAUAGUUGUAUUCUAAUUAGAUUACAUUGGUUAUUAGAUGUCAAUUUAAAAAUUCAAUUAAAACUCAAUCUAAUUUAAUUACAUUUAAUAUAUAUUAAAUGAUUAUUUAUAUUUAUUUGUAUCUAUACUAACGGUUUAUUUUUUUUAUUAUUUUAUUUUAAAUUUGUAAUAUUUAGU